AUGCCGCCAGAGAUGCAAGCUCGAUGCGCGCAGCUCCACGCGGAGCUGACGCGGCACGCGCUGGCGUGGCCGUUCCUGGAGCCCGUGGACCCGGUGGCGCUGAACGUGCCGACGUACUUCGACGUGAUCACGCACCCCAUGGACCUGGGCACCAUGGGCGCCAAGCUCGCGGCGGACGAGUACGCGGACCCGAGCGAGUACCGCGCCGACCUGCUGCUCCUGUUCGCCAACGCCAUCGAGUUCAACCGCGACGACGAGCGGCCCGACUCGGUGGCCAACAUGGCGCGCCAGUUCCAGCGCGUGGCGCUGCGCGACUGGGACCGCGCCUUCUCCGAGGCGGCCACGACCGACUGGGCCCAGCGCGCCGAGCAGCAGGCGCAGCAGCGCUUCGUGCAGCGCGCCAAGGACGCCAGGCUGCGCCAGCGCUGGAAGAGGGACUCGUUCGUGGCCAGACUCAACCGCGACAAGCUGGACGAGCGCAGACGCCUCGUCGCCAACGAGGAGUAA